AUGUCAGUGAAUAAAAAUCGAGACGAUUCAAAAGGUGAUUCUGACGGAGAUAAUGAUUCAUAUAAAUGUGUUGGUCAACGAAUUGACGUUUAUACAAAUCAUUUUCCAAUCAAGUUUUCUGAACGAUCAAACGGAACAGUUUUCUAUCAAUUUGAUGUUAAAGUUGAAAUUUUAAUGCUUGAUGGUUCAUGGCAUUCAUGGCAUUCAUGUAACAGAGAUGAACGUUUGCAAGUUCUUAAAGCAAUCAUUCAACAAGAACAUUUUCCAUUUGUUUGGUAUGAUGAUGAAAAAUAUUUAUAUGCAAAAGAAGAUUUAACAUUAAAAUUUAAAAAAAAAUAUCAAUGUGAAAUCAGUCAUGAAAUAACAGGACAAAAAAAUAAAUGUCGAUUUUUAAUUGUUAAUCUUGUUAAAACUUAUGAAUUACAAAGUAUUUUUGAUUUUAUUCAAAAAAGAAUAUUAGUACGACCACAUGAUCCAGUUAGAAUACUUGAAACUUUAUUUAAACAAACCCAAAUAUCUAAUAUGAUUACCAUUGAAAGUCAAUUCUUUCCGAAACCUCAACGAUUGGAUGAUAUUGGUAGAAACAAAAAAAAAAAACGACUUGAAUUUUUUGUUUUAGGCUGUGGAACAGGAAUAGCAUUAGGAUUUUAUCAAGGAAUUGUACUUGGUGAAUGUGGUCCAACGUUGAAUAUUAAUAAUAAAUUUGGUUGUUUUUAUCAAAAUUACAAUUUAGUUCAAUUUAUUACUUGUUAUUUAAAUUAUAAUAUUCGAAAACAUGGUGAGUUUUAUAUGAAAAACAAUUUUUUUUAA